AUGGACAAGAAAUCGAAAGAAGCAUUGCGACGAUAUAAAAAGGCCCGCAAGGCUGCCGAAUCGAGCAGUGAAAGCAGCAGUAGUAGCAGUGACAGUGAAUCGGGCUCAUCCAGUUCCUACAGUUCGGAAGAUGAACGUCGACAUCGCCAUAAGAAAUCGCGUCAGCCAGGCAUGCGACGUUCCAGCAGCUCCAGUGGUGAUGAACGGCACAAGCGGGAGAAGGAACGACGUUGCCAAAAGAAAUUGGAAGCCAAACGUAAUCAUCUGAAACGUAAACUCAAAGAGGCGAAGUUGAAGAAGAAAGCCGCUGCGGCAGCUGCAGCCCUCAGUGGUCAUUCCCAUAGGGCAUUGUCGCCAGCCACGCAGGCGAAAUUGAAGAAAUUGGCCGAACGUAAGCAUUUGCGUGCUGCCAGUAAGGAGCGACGUGAACGAGAAAAGGAGAAACACCGAGCUUUGCGGGAACGCGAAAGGGAGCAUCAUCAUCGUAGCAGUCGUUCGCCAACGAAGAUUACAAAGAUACGCAUACAUCAGGAUGUGAAUAGGCAGAAGACACCACCACGGGUACAUCAUCAACUGAUGUCAAGGGAGAAGAUAAUCAUUCAGACCCGUACCCGGGAUCGCACCCCGUCGGCUGAGCGGGAGCGAUUGCGGCAUGAGAAAAUGCGUCAUGAAGAUAUGGCCCGGGAACGGGAGAGGCGAGAACGUGAAGCAGCACGUGAUAAGGAAAGGGCGGAGGCUUUGGCCAGAUGCCAGGAGAGACAAAGGGAGCGAGAACGUUUGGCUCGUGAAAAACUGCGUCGUGAGGAAGAAGAAAAAUAUGGUAAGCCCAUGAGUGAGCGUUUAUUGGCCCGGGGUCCUGAACGGGAAAUGGGUGGACGUGGUUUUGAGCCACGUGAUCGUUCCUUGGAAAGAACCAAACGUGACAUUGAUCCCUAUGAUCACGGCUAUGGACGCAAACAUCGUCCCGAUGACUAUGAUGAAGAAAGUGAACGCCGUGCCAUUCUGGAACGUGAGGAACUCUUACGCGAACGCGAAUAUCUUGCACGACGCCGUGAAAUGAGCCCCUCAGAAUAUCCCGGCUCCAGUGGUAGUCGCAUGCGUGCCGAUCCCCGAGACAUUUAUCCCGAAGAUGAUCGAGAACGUGCCUACAAGAGACCCUUCAUUGAGGAAGGACGUGGUGGUGGCGGCGGUCGUGAACCAUGGCUUUCCGAAAGAGAAAUACGUGCACGUGAAAUGCAUGAUCCACGUGACUAUCGUGAAAUGGAACCUGAACAUUUAUAUCCCGAAGAACGUGAUCGUCUACCUCCACCAAGGGAACGAGAACGGGGCUAUGUCGGACGCCCAGGAUCCGAUUGGAAACGCAAAGAAUGGAUUGGAAGUCCACGUGAAUGGCCCAACGAUGAACCAGGACCAUCUUCUCAUGCUUCCGGUCGUGGUUUUGGUGGACCAAAAAGAGGUACCGGCUCUGUUUUACCGCCCGGCAAGAUACCAUCACCAUCUGCACGCGAACCAAGACCACAGUCGGAAACCGACUGGGAUGCUGAAGAGGGCCAAAUUGAAGUUUCCAAAAAGCCAGAGUCCAGCCGCGAUGCCUGGUUGGAACAUGACAAACGUGACUUACCUGAAUCACGUGAAAAAUUAGCACCUGGUGGUAGACCAUGGGAUUGGCGUGAGCGAGAUGAGCCAUCUGGACCACCUAGCUACUCACGGGGUCCUCCUGGUCCCAUGAUACAUCAUCCACGUAGUGAACGUGGUGGUAGAGGUGGCUAUCGCCGUGGUGGACACAUUAUACAUGGGGAACGUGCGCCGGGAAUUCACGGCUUUAGAGCCCAUCAUCCACCAGCUCUUUUGAAUUUACCACCAUCCGGUGGUAGUGGUGGUGGCGGCUUCCAUGAGGGUUCGCCUCGAUUCCCCAAUAAACGUAAUAUGACAUACACAAAUCCCAACAUUUUGAAAAAACAACAGGCUGCCCUAGCUGCAGCCAAUACGGCAGUAGCAGCUGCAAAAGCUGCUGCCCAAAGUGCUGCUAGCGGUACCACAAACCCCAGCAUUUUAGGACAAGCUGCGGGAGCUGCCAGACCAGGUCAAAGUGCAGAUGAUAAACCGGAAGCUGGGGAAAUUGUGGGAGAAGCCGAGGAAAAACAAACGGCAGCCAGUAAUGCUGCUGAAGGUGCACCCGAACAAAGUGAGCAACCAAGCGGAGAGGCACCACCCGAAAAGGAAAAGAAAUCCGGGGAAUUAAGUGAAAUCAGUGACAGUGACGAUGACAUUUUGAAUAAGACCGAGAAGAAGGCAAAACUUGAUACUGACGAUUCCAAUUCACAAACAAAGACGGUAGACAAGGAAGCAACCGAGGAGAAAGGAGAAGAAGAGGAGAUUAUGGAUUUUGAAGAAAUUUCUGAUGGAGAGUUGGAAGAGGAAAGGGCUGCCAAGGGUGUUGGUGAUGCCUUGGGUGUGGACUGGUCAUCGCUGGUUGCAGAAACCAAACGUGAACCCACAUGCGCCACCACAACUGCCAAACAAAAAUGGCAACCACAUCGUAUUAUUUUGGACAUUGGAAUCUCCAUGCGUAUGGCUGGCGAAGAAUAUGCCAAGGAAUUACUGAACAAUGCCAAACAGCAAUUGGAAGAAGAAAUGAAAGAGAAAAGCAGCAGCAAUAUUAAAUCGGAAGUCAAAGAUGAGACAACCAUUAAAUCUGAAAUUAAAGAUGAAGUUUCAUCCUUGUCGACAUUAGAUGAAGAUUCCCAAACUGCAGUGGAAAAUGAUGACAACACCUCGGACAUUAAACCCAAAGAAGAGAAACCAGAUGUCAAGCCACCACCCACAGAGACCAUAAACAUUGAUAGUCUACCACCUUUGGCUUGUAUGCAGGUGGCUCAACGUAAACUCCAAAUGGAACGUAAUAAUUUAAUUGCCAACGCUUGUGGCCUAAAUAGUAGAGCACUGAGUGCCCGCCAAGAUCUUAAGUUACGCCGACAGUUAUGUGGCCUUCCAGCAAGGGAGUGUCCCAUUUCACGUAAUAUUCCCGUUACUAGUGACAAACUUAAAGCUAUGGCUUUAGCGGCUUUCCAGCGAACAUUAGAAGUUAAAUAA